AUGGGCAAGAGACUUGAAGGGCGAGUAGCGAUUGUUACUGGCGCCGGCCGGGGGAUCGGUCGAGGUGUAGCAAUGCUUCUGGCAGAGGAAGGCGCAUCCGUCGUCGUUAACGACCUCGGCGGGGGUGUUGACGGUGUGGGAGGCUCUGACGCUCCCGCUUCUCAGGUAGUGGCAGAGAUCGAGGCUCGCGGUGGUACCGCAGUAGCCAACUUCGAUUCGGUUGCAGACCACGAGUCCGCUGGCAAGGUAGUACAGACGGCUAUCGACAACUUCGGUCGCAUCGACGUGGUGAACCACGUAGCCGGUAUCUUGCGCGACCGGAUGGUGUUCAAUAUGACUGAAGAGGAAUGGGACGCUGUAUUGCAGGUCCACCUCUACGGAGCAUUUAACAUGGUGCGUCACGCCGUACCACAUAUGAUUAACCAAGGGUACGGAAGAAUUGUGCUGUUCUCGUCCGGCUCCGGAAUGGGCGCAUCCGGGCAGGCGAAUUACGCAGCAGCCAAAGAAGGAAUGGUAGGCUUUACGCGGGCGCUCUCGCGUGAGCUUCACGAGCACGGCAUCAAGGUAACGCAGUUUAUCCGGGUGGCGCGACUCGCAUGA